AGCAUAUCUGUGAGGUGUACCAACUUCUGUGAACAUUGCUUCUGGCUUGAGAGGGGGACAAUCCUCUUCACUUUCUACAUGUAAUGGCUACUGCUGCACUAGUUUACUAUCCUUGAAGAUUCGAGGUUUCACAAAUUGAACCAGUGCGAUCAAUAUGUGCGGUGCACUCCUGAAUAUCGCCAUCAGUGCCAACAACAAUAAUUGUAGCUGUUGAACAAUCACACAUAACCUCAUUAGGUUAGCGAGUUAUUGCUUUAGAUUUCUUUGGCUAUUUGCAUUCGCUCUAGCACUCUCACCAAUGUACUCUGGCACUCCUUGUUCCAUCUAUGUGAACGCUCCGAGAUUUGAAACUCGUCACUGCGGCGGGCAAGAGGGGUGUUGGUAGAGGCUCUUGUUUUGCGUUUCAUUCGUAGUUUCUUCUUUCGUUCAUCGUCCUUGCAAUCACCUGCGCUGCUACAUUAUCUUGUACUGUUUCCUUGUUGAAUGAACUAUCAGUUACCUCCAGUCUCAAAGCAAUAGCUUUCUACAGAGAGGCGCAAAUCCUUCCGGUGGUAGGCGUUGUUGCAAAUUGAUCCGGGCCGCCGGGAAGUUUUGUUGAAUUAUUGUCUUGGGAGUGUUCACCUGAUCUAGUUGCGGGUGAUCGGCUCAGGAUUCUAAGGGUUUGAAAGCGAGUAAUCUUCUCAUAUCUGUAGGCGAGGUACUUUCAAUUUUCAAUCGUCUUGUCACCCGGUGGAAGUAUGACAGGCCCCUAUCUCGUGCCACGACGCAAGCUUGGCUCCCAGGGUUUGGAGGUGUCUGCGCUGGGGCUCGGAUGCAGGAGCUUGUCAUCAUCACACGAGAGACCUGUUGAGCUAAAUGAUGCUCUGGAUGUUUUAAACCUUGCCGUCGACAACGGAGUAACAUUCUUCGACACCAGCGAUUUCUAUGGUACGAAGCAUAGCAACGAGAAGCUUCUUGGUGUGGCAUUGAAGAAUUUGCCACGGGAGAAAAUGCAAGUGUCGACUAAGUUUGGGGUCAAAUUCAACGCAGCCGGACAGGUUGUCAUUGAUGGCACGCCAGAGUAUGUGCGCGAAUCUUGUGAAGCUAGUUUAGAGCGUCUAGGCGUGGACAACAUUGAUUUGUAUUUCCAGCACCGAGUUGAUCCAAGGGUGCCCAUUGAAAUUACGGUCGGAGAGAUGAAGAAACUAGUUGAAGAAGGGAAAGUAAAAUAUCUAGGUCUGUCAGAUGCCAAUGUCGAUACAAUUAGACGUGCACAUAAGGUUCAUCCUAUAACCGCUGUUCAGGUGGAGUGGUCUUUAUGGUCUCGUGACAUUGAGGACGAAAUUGUUCCCGUCUGCAGGGAGCUUGGAAUUGGAAUAGUGCCCUAUAGCCCUCUUGGGCGAGGAUUCUUCUCUGGGAAAGCCGUCGUUGAGAAACUGGAAGAGCAAGACUAUCGAUUCGUGCGGCAUCCACGGUUUCAGGGUGAGAAUUUGGAGAAAAACAAGGCUUUAUUUGAUCGAGUGGCAUUGUUGGGAAAGAAGCACAAUUGCACACCUGGACAAAUUGCUCUUGCUUGGCUAUUGCAUCAAGGGGAUGACGUCGUACCUAUACCAGGUACUACUAAGAUUCCCAACCUGAAGGAGAACAUCGGCAGUGUAUUUAUCAAUCUUACUCCAGAAGAGGUUGAGGAGAUUGCUGCAGCUGUGCCAAGUCAUGAAGUUGCAGGGAGUCGCAUCAAUAUUGGGUCACAAUUCGAUUUCGUGGACAGUCCAUCAUUGGCUUCAUACAAAGCACCAGUCUAACCAUGACCCCAUAGCAAAUUUAUAAGGACUUUUAACCUGAACUUAGGGUUUAUGUUUGUCGAUCUCAUUGCUUAAGUUUUAGCAUGACUGAAGGAGUAAAGAUACUGGAAGCAUGUAAAGCUAGCUUCAUAAUCAAUCAACUUGUAUGUGUUGUUAUUUCUUGAACCUUAGUAUUGAUUACCAGUAA